AUGCUGAUCAUUUACUGGAUGCUCAUGCCAGUUUUCAUUUGGGUUGCUAUUAUACUGUUCAUGUGGAAAAAUUUGCGCUCGCACUGGCGAAGAAUUAUCGUACCACUGGCAGUUGCGAAGCACUGCGAAGCAAGCGGCAAUCUGCUAAAUGCCAAAAACGAGAUUGUGACAAUGCCAGCUUACGACGGUCAGUCAGUUAUUAUCGCUUAUCAAGACUUACCACUGCAUCUGGGCAUAGUUUAA